CAUUAUAUUGCAAAUCUCAAGGUUUUUGUAGCAUAGUUUAAAAAAUAAUUACUCUGUAAUAUUAUACAGGAAACGAUUAUCUUAUGGACAUGGCUGAUGAAGAUGUAAUGAUGUUAUUGCCACAGUUCUUUGCACCCAAAGAUAUGCCAGACAACUUGGUGCUGAAACUUCCAGGAACAUCGGGCCCGAAAAAGAAAGAAGAGGCACCAACUCAGAACCUUUGUGAGGACGAUAUUGGCCCAGUAUUUGCAAUUGAUUUCAGUGUCAAAGAGAUCCCAAAGGUAUUAAACUGGGAAGACUUCAUUGUUCCCAGCUCCGACCAAUGGCAAUGGCAAGUAGCAGUUUCUGCACUGUUUGACGAGCGACCUGUGUGGACAAGAGAUUCCAUAGUCCAACGACUACUUGAUAAAGGUCUUAAAUGCACACAUCACAUGCUAAACAGGUUUCUUCUUCGGUCUGCAUAUUAUUUCUCGGGUGGUCCAUUUCUUAGGUUCUGGAUUAAAAGAGGCUAUGAUCCACGGAAAGAUCCUGAGUCUCGUGUGUGAGUUGUCUCUUUCUAUAUGCAUUUCAUAUUUGCAAAUGAAUGGUCUGUGAUAUGGUAAUGUAGAAUUCUCAUUUU